AUGGCGGUAAGAUGGGCGAAGCAUUCCACGUUACUGGUAUGUUCAGCUCUCGCAUGCUGUUUAUGGCAGAGGUGGGCCCUUGCCAUGGCCAGCAAGACCCAACAUGCCGUGAAGGCCAAGGCACCUGGUUCCAGCGGUCGCCGGAAACGACGGACGCCUCAAUCACCAGAGGAGCGAAGGAUGUGGGCCCUCGGCUGUGAGCUGUGGCGCGCCGGUCGCGACAUGUCCCUGGCCUCCAGCAGCUUGCUCCGUGGCGAGAUCACCGCAGUGGGCAGCGCAAGCAGCGCAAGCAGCGGGAGCACAGCAACGGCUUGGACCACGUCCCAUCUUCCAACCAUCCUACAGCUGGGCGGCAUGUCCCUGCAGGAUGCAGGUGCUGCUCUACUGGAUGCGCGUUGCAGCUUGGCCAUCCAGCAGCUGGAAAGAGCGGCUGAAACGAACCAGGAGUAUUGGCCAAGAACAGGCUUCCAAGGCCUCCUCAACUUCCUCCGUAGCAUCCCGGUCUCCUGCCCUGGCGAAUCCUUGGAGAACCUCGCGGGAGGUCUGGAUGUUGCCAUGGAUGCAAUUGAUGAACAAAUCCAGUAUCCACACCGAGAACGGGCGGAGGUGCUGUUGCUCUCAGCCGCUGACAUCUUGAGGGAUGCGGCAUAUCUCUUCGAUCCCAGCGUCGGCAACUUCUCCCUUCCCAAGGAUCCUCGGGUGGUGGGUGUUCACUUCCACGACGAUGAUGAUGACUUCUGGGAGGAAGACGAUGACUUUGGAAGCGUCAACGAUCAGCUUGAGUACAUUUCCGGGGACAUGGCUGCGACGCUUCGAAUCCGCGAGAUUCAAAAGGACUUGGUCCGAGCAGACAACAGUGCAGACCCCAACGGGCGCAAAAAGCUGCUCUUCCGACUCGUGCGCGAGAAUCAUCCGGACCAAAAUCCUGGAAAGGAAGAAGAUGUACGACCAGUGUUCGAGUAUUGCUUAAAGAUGCUCCGGCUGUGCAAAGACACGGUUUAA